UAAAAUAAAACGUGAAGUCGGGCAUUCAGGCAGAGGAAAGUGAACGGGAACAAACAAACAGGAGAAUAAGCGACGCAAAGUGAGUAGGGACAAAAGAGGAAGAGGAAGAAGAAACCCAAGAAGGAACUCAAGAGGCCAUGGUGGAGGCAAGUGAGGGAGGGACCCACGUGGGAUCCGUCAUGAACCAGCUAGAGGACACAAGCCGGGAGAUCAAGGAAUGUUAUGAGAGGCUAGACUACAUAGAGAACAAGCUGCGGCGACGGUACUACCCCACUGACGAGAAGAAGAGGCUGGAGAAGGAGGUGAAGGAUAUCAAAUCACAUCUCUCCCGCCAUGAGAAUAACCUGAGGAGCCUUCGAGGGGAGAACCGAGUGGCCAUGCUGCUAUCAGUGCUGCUGCUGGCAUUGGGAGUGCUCGUUUACCUUGUGUACCGCCUCCUCACCUAACCUAAUCUCAGCACCUGGUCAUUGCCUCAGCAUUCCGUUAUUACUUCUAUUUAUCUCGUCUCCUAAUUAUUUGUCACUCAUGCUUCCCUUCCUGUUAGUGUUUCUGUGUCAGCUUAUCCUUUGUGCUUCUCCUCCUCCUCCUCCUUUCUCCUGUUCUUCUCCAUAGUACUCUUGUCCCUUUAAAUCACUAGUUUGGUCUUGUCUUGCUCUCUACUUGCUCUCUAUCUUCCCCUUCUGCUGGUGUUUCUGUGUCUGCUUAACCCUCUGUGGUUCUCCUCCUCCUUUUUCCUUCCAUUUUUCUCUAUAGUACACUCAUCCCUUUAAAUCACUAGUUUGAUCUUGUCUUGUUCUCUACUUGCUUUCUAUCUUCCCCUCCUGGUGGCCUCCAAUAGUCAUGCCUCUACCUGUUUGCCUGUCUAUAUGUCCUGUUCAGAUACACGUUGCUGCUUUCAAGAUCUCCAGCAGUGUUUGUUAUUAUCCUACCUAACAGUAUUAUUUCCUAAGCUUUCUGUGUUCCUUAAGAUGUUCCCAUGGCAGCUGUCUAUCCUCAUCUCUGGUCUUGCUACUGUUUCUGUCUUCACCCAGCAGUGUUCGCCUUGCCCCAGUAUUUGUUUGGCUCUUAAUUCACAUCAAUCCUUACUGGAAGAAAUGCUGUGGUUGAUUAUUCUUUUUAAAUCAGUAUUCCUCAGCUUUCAUCAGUGUUCUCUUUCUUGACAUGGCCACCCCCCAAUCCUCCUCCUCCACAUACACCUUAACCUGGGCCUUGUCUGUCAGUCACAACCACCAGUCUCUCCCUGCUCCACUCUCUUCAAAGUGUCCACUGAUUACAAUGCCUUCCCCAAAUUUUCUUCAUAUAGAUGUACUUAAGAGUUCCACCAUGCAUAUAGUAAUCCACAAAUUCUUCUGAUCUUAUAUUUCAUAUCAUGCUGUGGAGUUAAUUGAGUUACUACAAAUUAGGCCAUGUUGUGAAUUGUGACCUGCAAUGUUGACUUGCUAACUCAACCUGUAGACCUGUACAACAAAUAAGAGGAGCAUGUGAACCCCACUUGAUGUGACGGCUUGUACUGAGGCAUGACCCAGUACGGUGCGGUCAGUAAACACAGGUGAGAGGUGUUGGCCCAGCUCACUUGGCUUGUUCUUGGGUUUGUGAUUGUAAAAAUUCCUAUUAUGAGAGGAAUGUUGUAUGUUUUUUUCUGGUGUGAAUAGGAGGUAUUAGGUUUAAAGAUGGCACAACAUUCUUACUGCUCUUGAACAUGGGAGUCGUGCACCAUUCUUGCAAACAAAACCCUGCCAGCAAACCAACACACCUCUCUCUGUGCACUUAGAAGACAUAACAUCCUAUCACUUUUGUUCCUGCUUUUCUAGAUUAAGAAUUUCUAUAUAAGUUAUAAGCAGCCAAUUUCAAGACGAUGCACUUUUAAGACAUGGCAUUCCUUACAAACUUGGUGAAAUCACAUUGAUAUGACGCCCAAGUCACAAGCAGGUGGACCGGGCACAACAGUUCUCAAGUAUAAUAAUUAUCAGCUACUUAUCGUGUUGAUCCCAUCCAUCAUGCCAUUGUAUUGAGCUGACGUGAACUAGCUAACACUGUACUACUCUGUCUUACCAUUGUCCACCAAGUGCUGGUGAAGACUCUCUCCUUGCACUCAGACCUGGCUUGGCCAUGCAUCAUGAAGCUGUGUGCUGCAGCUUCUUUGCAUCUGAAAUAUUGCAUCAAACUUUAUUAAGACAAAACAUUCAAAACAUUUACUCAUUUCAUUUUACAGUAAAGUAUUUCUUUCAUGCAGAACAUGUUUAAAAGAACAUGAUUUUCACCUUUUCUAUUGUUGAAGACACUUCACUGAGAGGACUCCAUUACCUAGCUGUAAGAAGUAACUUAACAAAGUAUGUUGUGAUAGAAUUGUUCGUCAAUGCAGAAUGAAGGAAGAUGUUCAGCCAUCACUGAGGUCCCCUUAGGAAGGAUCUCUCUGACUUCCUUGUGAUGAAAGGCAACUCAAGUAAUGCAUCUUUCCAGCCUCUUGUGUUGGGCAGCUUAUUUAAACAAUUCCAUUACAUACACGUGUACACACACACACGCACACAAAAUUUUCAGUUGCAUAAUUUGUCAUCAUUAUGUAACUUAUCUUUAGAAAUGAUUCAAAACAUACUCUGGUAUAUUUUCUAUGCACAAAUUAGUAGUUUACAGUUUUAGCCAAGUGUUGAGGCAAAUACUGUACAAUCCAUAUACCAUUUUAUAACUUGUUAAGGUAAUGAUUUAUCUGACAAAUUGUGGUUACUUAUUAUUAUUGUGUGUAGUUACUAGUUAGAAUACUUUUACAGAGCUUUUGUUAAGUGAUGAAUUAGAAUCAUGAUGAUUUGCUUUUUAUGUAAUGUGCUGGAAGUGUGCACAGCUUGAGUGAUCGACUUGCACAGGGCAAGACGUUGAAAGGGGCCAAGAAUAGCAUUAGCUACACUUGUAUAAAAUAAGACUUGUUGUGUGUAGGUCCCUUAGACUUGAUUGAUGUAACCCUUGCUUGUAAUAGUCAGUGUGUUGCCACACCACUCACUGUCACGUCCUCCUCAGAGGCACUGCUGUCUGUGGAGCUCCCCAGAGGCACACCAUGUUACCAUUUCACUGGCGGCUGCACCACAGUAUCCCACUACUGCAUUUGAGGGAUGAUUUCAUUGCACUAAAGAAAUAAACUGCCAGUUUUUUAUAUAGUUUUGCACAAUUAUGUGCAAAGUCAAAGUCUCAAGUCAAACUAACAUGUCAAGAUGUGUAUGUGUGUUGUGUUGAGGUGUUGGAUCUACUUUUCUCAUUUUUAAUAUGUAUUGGAAAAUUCAGGCUAAAUUUUGCCCUGCCAGAGAGUUGCUUUUACAUUGUAUUAUUCUUUACUUCAAAACUGAAGUGAAAUCUUGUGAACAUUCCACUGAGGAAUACAACUGAGUGCCAAAACAAAGUGUAGAGUAACUAAAGGUGUCAGUGUGUGGGUGAUGUGCCGGCGGCCAGGACACCUAGUGAGGCUGAGGGCCGACGUGCUGUGUAGUAGAGGUGAGGUCUCCGCACCAUUUUGUUGCAGAGGGAUGGUGUCCCUGUGGUUGUGUUCCUGGUGCCCGUUGUUGUUCCAUACGGGAGGACCAAAGUGUUGUGGUGCACACGUGUGUCUUAGGUUGUCUGUGUGUACAUAUGGGCUGUAGGGUGCUGUGUAUAUUGUAGUAAGUGGUGGUGUACAUACUGUAUCUUGUCCCAAGGGCCAACAAACACUGCAACAGCAAAUACAUAAAAUAUUUUAUUAAAACUUUAACAUUACUUAUCCUAUCAAAACUAACAUCAAGGAAUACUAAGUCCAAGGCACUUCAUGAUCUGUAAACAGCAUCAGUAGUGAAGAAUUAACAGUUAGGGUGAGGUGCACCAGUGGGGGGAUGCCCUCCUCCCCCUUCCUCUCCCCUUUGCUGGCUGUGAUAAAGUUGUGUUUGUUUACACUUGACAAAGGUUACUAAAAUGGUAUCCAUUUACUUCAUCAAGAAUAGACUCACUUUGUUAAUCAAUAAAGAAUGAUUUUACCUCAAAAUCUGUAUAUUAAUAAACUGUACAAGGAAAAUAUUUCCCA